AGGGCUUCACCUUCAGCUGAAUUUUAACCAAUUCCUCCUACAAGAAAGGUAUGUUUUAUGGCAAGAUAUGUUGAAGUUUAAACAAAGAAACAGACCUUCCCCUUUUUCCUACUACAAGGAUUUCACAAGAGGACAAUAUGUUGUAGAUGAUGACAGAAUACGACUUUCCCACAACAACAGUAACCAGCUUUUUUCAGAAAGCAGUUACAUUUAUUAUAUUGAAGAUGAGGAAGAUGAUGUGGAAGAACUGAAAUGGGCAGAAAGAGAGGAAAAAAGGUUGGAUGGAUGGAAAAAGCAAAGUAUUGCUGCACAAAAAGAGCGUGGGAUUUAUGAAGAGGAACAAGAUGGACGUAUACUCUCCCCUUCUUAUUAUGGAAAAAAGAGAAGAAAAUCUUUACACAUUAAUGUAGGGGGAACUAGCUACCGUAUUUCCUAUGGAGUUGCAGCCAGUUAUCCCAAGUCCCGAAUAGGCAGGUUGGCUACAUACACUGACCGUCAGCGCAAACUAGAUCUUUGCGAUGACUACAGCCCAAAGGAGGAUGUCUACUUUUUUGAUCGAGACCCAGCCAUUUUCCAUCACAUUUACAAUUUUUAUCGCACUGGGGUGCUAUGGGUAAGGGAUGAACUAUGCCCUCGCAGUUUUCUGGAGGAGAUCAAUUAUUGGGGUGUAAGGGUAAAGCACACACCCCGGUGUUGUCGUAUUUCUUUUGAAGAGAGACAGGAUGAUCUUAAUGAGCAGCUGAAAGUGCAAAGAGAGCUGAGAGCUGAAAUGGAAACAGAAGAAAACGAGGAACUGUUUCGUGGGAUGCUCUAUGGACAUCUAAGACGUCGAAUUUGGAACAUGAUGGAAAAACCAUUCUCGUCAGUGACAGCGAAAGCUAUAGCAGUAGCAUCAAGUUUUUUUGUCCUUAUAUCAGUGGUGGCUAUGACUCUUAACACUGUAGAGGACAUGCAGUAUAAAAAUGCUGCAGGGCUUCCCAGUGGAAAACCAUACCUUGAACACGUGGAGACACUUUGUAUUACCUUCUUCACCCUGGAAUACCUGCUGCGCCUCAUGUCCACACCUGACCUACAACAUUUUGGGCGCAGUGUCCUCAAUGCUGUUGAUUUGAUUGCUAUCCUUCCUUUGUAUUUGCAAAUGCUUCUUGAGAGUUUUGCUGAUGAAGACCGCAGUGGCAAAGGUUCCAGCCAUGAACAUGAGAUUGAGGCAGUAGGACGGGUUGGAAAGCUUGGGCAAGUUCUGAGAAUCAUGAGGCUCAUGCGUAUCUUCCGCAUCCUGAAACUGGCACGUCAUUCCACUGGCCUUAGAGCAUUUGGAUUUACACUUCGUCAGUGCUACCAACAAGUCGGUUGCCUCUUUCUCUUCAUCGCCAUGGGCGUUUUUUCUUUUUCUGCCAUGGUAUACUCAGUUGAGCAUGAUGUGUCUGGAACUAAUUUUACCAGCAUUCCCCAUGCUUGGUGGUGGGCAGCAGUCAGCAUAUCAACUGUGGGGUAUGGAGACGUUUACCCUGAAACCCACCUUGGAAGACUGUUUGCUUUUCUUUGCAUUGCUUUUGGGAUUAUUCUAAAUGGAAUGCCCAUCUCAAUCUUGUAUAAUAAAUUUUCAGAUUAUUACUCCAAACUAAAGUCAUAUGAAUACACAACUAUACGCAAGAAACGAGGAAAAGUUCACUUCACUGGAAGAGCCGUACAGAAGGUAAAUUCAUGUUGUUGUGGACCUCCAGUGCCGAAUACUCCAGGGCACAAUCAUCGAUGAACAUUACCAUAAUUUUGUAAGGAAGGAUCUAUAUAGAAGAAACUGAAGGAUUCCUUAUUAGUACUAACAUUAACAAACAUAAGCACUUGGCAUUAGCUGAGAUGGAAUAUUUCUUAAAAACUAUGAUCAGAGUGUCCACGGGAUCUGUGAAAAAGAGAGGAGUGUGAACUGGGUUCGGUGCAUCCCUAGAGUAAAUUGACAUUAUGGAUUCAAUUUUACCCAGUUGUAUUGUCUAAAUGUAUUGUAAGGGGUCACAGGGGGUGGAGGUGUUCUAUGCAAAGCAUGCAUGGAAAGAAGAAUGUGCUAGGCCCUUGUCCCUUACAACACACUAGGGGGCUGAUUUGCUAAUCC